UGUUGAAGCAAUAACAUCAUGGGUUCUGAAGUCCCUCUUUCAGGUGUAAUUGACAGUCCUCCAAAAAUCACUGAUGCAAAAGGGAAUGAUGGAGAAGCUGGAAGUGAUGAUCAUCCACAAAUUCCUGGAUGGUUUGCUGAACAUUGUCCAAUAUGGCCAGGAGAAGCACACUUCUUGAAGGUUGAUAAUAUUUGUUUCCAAGGGAAAUCUCAAUUUCAAGAUAUGCUAGUUUUUCAGACAUCAACAUAUGGAAAGGUGUUUGUUUUGGAUGAUGCACUCCAACUCACCGAGAAAGAUGAAUGUUCUUAUCAAGAAAUGAUGACUCACCUUCCUCUUUGCUCAAUCCCAAACCCUAAAAAGGUGCUGCUUUUUGGUGGAGGAGAUGGUGGCAUCCUUAGGGAAAUUUCACGUCACUCUUCUGUUGAACACAUUGACAUAUGUGAAAUUGACACUAUGCUCAUUGAUGUUUAUAAAAAAUAUUUCCCAGAUAUAGCUAUUGGAUACAAGGACCCUAGAGUUCAGCUUCAUGUUACAGAUGGAACACUUUUUCUGAAAUCUGUCCCAAAAGGCACUUAUGAUGCAAUAAUAGUGGAUGCAUUCGACCCAAUAAGGUCUGAUCAUGAACUAUUCGAAACUGAGUUCUUUGAAUUGAUUUCAAAAGCUCUUCGUCCUGGAGGAGUUUUGUGUAUCCAAGCAGAGAGCUUUUGGUAUAAGUCAUUGGAUAUUGAAGAGCUUUUAAUCAAAAGCCGCAAAAUUUUCAAAGGCUCUAGUGAUUAUGCAUGGACAAAUGUUCCAACAUAUCCAAGUGGAGUGAUUGGUUUCUUGCUUUGUUCAACUGAAGGUCCACAUGUGGACUUCAGAAAUCCAAUAAACCCUAUUGGUCCAGAAAAUUAUGGUGUAUCAAAGUAUCCUAUGAAGUAUUACAACUCUGAGUAUCAUUCAGCUUCAUUUUGCUUGCCAUCUUUUGCCAAAAGGACCAAAGCUAAGAGCACUGCAUGAAAGGGGACAAGACAUAGAAUAAUUAUAAGAAUAAUACCAACAUUUCAGCAUGUUUCUAAUCAUUUUUUAGGGAACAAUAAUCAUUUCUAGAUAGCAUUAUUAUGUCAAGAUUUUGAGAAAAGCUUGUACUUUGGUAUACUGGAAAUUUUCUAUUAUGUCAUGCUUUCCAAUAAAUUAUAUAUGCAUGUUUCAGAAAUGUGUUGCCUGUAUUAAUUCAAAAUUAAAUCAUUGCAUGUUGGGUGCAAUUGUAGUAUUAAUGGAGUAGCUGAAAUAAUCAAUAAAAUU